AUGGGGCGUCGGCCAGGGGACGGGGACCCCCCCGCAAGGGGCGGCUCCUGGACAGGGCUGCUGCUGGCAGCCUCCAUCCUGGGCUCCUGCCUCCAGCCGGCGCCAGCCCAGACCCCGACCCCAGUGACCAUCGUCCUCACCCCGCCGAGCCCCGUGGUGGGAGGGGGCAUCAGCCUGGCCCCACAGCCACCGCCAGAGAACUUCCUGUCCUGCAGCUGGUACCGAUCAGCGACCGUGACUGAUCCAAACAGCCUGAUCCUCAGUUACUUCCAAUAUCCCAACCCCGUUCAGACCCCCGGCCCGGCCCACACGGGGCGGGAGACAUUGGGGCCGGGCUGCGCCCUGAACAUGGCGGGGUUAAUGCUCAGCGACACCGGGAACUACACGGUGCUGAUACCUACCGCCACUAACCCUGUCCGCUCCAUCACGGUGGCUCUGCGCGUCUCUGAGCCAACUUCACCCCCAGGCCUGCCACCCGGAGCCAUCGCCGGGAUCGUCAUCGGGUCGCUGGCCGGGGCGGCGCUGCUCGGGGGCCUGCUCUACUUCCUGCUCCGCAAAACUGGAGGGGAACAGCUAGGCGGACCGGGGGCCCCUGGGGCUGGGGGCUGCCCCGAACCCUG